AGCGGAUGUGUGCCGCAGACCGGCAGAGGAGCCCGGCUCAACGCAGCGAGGAUAUCCCGCGUCUGAACGGACUAAGCUUUAACCCAGGCUAACGACGCCGCGCUUAAUUUUAAAUAUAUUUUAUCUCGGGAUUUAUCCGGUUCGGUUCCCAGGUAGUGUUCGGUUCUCCAGCCACUAAGGAAUGCCCAGAGAGCUCACGCAGAACAGGAUCCAAAAGAUCUGGGUUCCCACCAAGGAUGACAGGCGUCGAGGAGCUGGCGCUCCCCACGUGGCCAACCCCCCCACGGUCAUUGUGAUGGUGGGUCUGCCCGCUCGAGGAAAGACCUACAUGUCCAAGAAACUGACCCGCUACCUUAACUGGAUCGGCAUGCCCACCAAAGUCUUCAACGUUGGAGAGUAUCGGAGGGAGGCGGUCAAGAGCUACAGCUCCUACGACUUCUUCAAACCCGAUAACGAGUGUGCCGUCAAGAUCAGGCAGCAGUGUGCCUUAGCAGCUCUGAGGGAUGUCAAGUCUUACCUGAAGGACGAGGGCGGCCAAGUGGCGGUGUUCGACGCCACCAACACUACAAGAGAAAGGCGGGAUUUAAUCCUCAAGUUUGGCGAGGAAAAUGACUUCAAGGUCUUCUUCAUCGAGUCGGUUUGUGAGGAUCCCAGCGUGAUUGCAUCAAACAUCAUGGAAGUGAAGGUGUCCUGUCCAGACUACCGGGACUGCAACAAGACGGAAGCCAUGAUGGAUUUCCAGAAAAGAAUUGAAUGCUACCGGACCACCUACCAACCUCUGGAUCCAGAUCACUAUGACAGGGAGAUGUCCUUCAUCAAGGUCAUAGACGUCGGCCGGCGGUUUCUGGUCAACCGCAUUCAGGAUCACAUCCAGAGCAAGAUCGUCUACUACCUGAUGAACAUCCACGUCCAGCCGAGAACCAUCUACCUGUGUCGACACGGAGAGAGCACGGACAACAUGGAGGGCCGGCUGGGCGGAGACUCCGGGCUCUCGGCGCGGGGCCGACAGUUCUCUGCUGCCCUGGCUCGGUUUGUGGAGGAGCAGCAGCUGCAGGGCCUGAAGGUCUGGACCAGCCAGCUGUGCCGCAGCAUCCAGACGGCGGAGCACCUGGGCGUGGCCUACGAGCAGUGGAAGGCACUGAACGAGAUCGACGCCGGGGUGUGUGAGGACAUGACGUACGAUGAGAUGAAGGAGAAGUUCCCUGAAGAGUUCGCACUGAGAGACGAGGAUAAAUACUACUACCGCUAUCCAGCCGGAGAGUCCUACCAGGACCUGGUCCAAAGGGUGGAGCCGGUCAUCAUGGAGCUGGAGCGGCAGGAGAACGUGUUGGUCAUCUGCCACCAGGCGGUCAUGCGCUGCCUGCUCGCCUACUUUCUGGAUAAGAGUGCAGAGGAGAUGCCCUACCUGAAGUGUCCGCUCCACACGGUGCUGAAGCUCACCCCGGUGGCGUACGGCUGCAAGGUGGAGUCCAUCUACCUGAACGUGGAGGCGGUGAACACGCACAGAGACAGGCCGGAGGAGGUGAGACGAGGACCCGGAACCCUGAUCAGGAGGAACAGCAUCACCCCCCUGACCAGCCCCGAGUCCCUCAUCAAGAAGCCCCGCAUCGACGACCUGGACGAGGCGCCCAUCCAGGAGCUGCCCAACUCCGUGGCCUCCAUGGCCCUCUGCAGCUCCUCCCGCCUCCCCCUCAGCCUGGCAGGACAGCACUGGCUGGGCAAAGUUUGCCUAACCUGAGGAGCCCGGCUGGUUGCCAUGACAUCCUGCAGUCCUGCCAGUGAAAUUGCAGCUGAGGGUCACGAUGCUGCGGCGAGGAGACUCUGAAGCCGCCGAUCUCAAUUUCGACCCAUGUAUUGAUCCAGACUGAGAAUGAACUGAUGAUUCCUCAGAUUCUAAACACCAAAGACUUCAUUCAGAAUCAAAUGUUUUUUAUUUUUUAACUUAAACCAUCAGACUGGAUGACUACCCCCUCAGAUGCUGACAUGCUCCGAACAUGCAGACGUUUGCACAGUUUUAGUUGAGUGUUGAUCAUGUCUCUUCUCUGGUGAUGGCGGCGGUCCUUGGCGGCGGUCCUUGCCAUAGAGUGCCUGUAGAGCUUGCCUUGCAAGCCCCAUGCUGCUUCUGCUGCUUCUCUGCUUCGAUUGGAGGAGAACGUUACAUUUCACGUCACUGCUGGUGGUAUUUCAGUAUUCUCAGUUUAUUUAUAUCUGUAGUGCCACACCGCGUGAGAAUGAUGCUGUCGUCUGCUGCACACAGCAAAGCACCUAUUUUCUUUAUUUUGUAUGACACUGCGUAAUGUUAAUAUCGGUAAAUGUUAGUGGAAUGAAACGUAAGGGAUUUGUGUUUUUUCUAUUUGUACUAAUGUGUUGGUACUGUCUGACUGAAUUGUUCUUAUUUCUGAGUGAAAAUGUUGUGAAGGACUUUUUGUAAUUCUGUUUAUUUAUUUUUAUGUUGUAUCCACUGGAUCUUUUGGGGAGUCUUUGUUUUACUGAGGGCUACACAUACAAAUGUUUGUACAGUUUGUUGUUUUUUUGUUUUUUUCAUCUACAGGACCAAUAAAUUCACUAAUAAACUGAA